CCCUCUGCUGGCCACCUCCCUCCUGUGACUCGAAGGAGAUUUGAUAGCCCAGGGUGAAGUUUCAACCCCCUGCAGCCGCUUCACCUUCGGUGGGUGCCUGCUCAUGCCAGGAAAAUAAAGGGAUGAGAAAGGGCAGGCCAGCCCAGGCGCAGUCAUCCAGUGAAGGUUGAUAGGUGGCUGGUGACACCUUCUCACACGACUGCAGAGAAAAAAAAGGACAGGGCAGCUGGACAGGCAGCUAGCUCCCGCCGCCUGUCACGGUGCUGGAGGAAGAGGUGACCUGUUUAUUUUUAGAAGGGGACAGUCAUAAUAACCCUGCGCUCAGCUUCAUUCAAGGCAGGCAGGCGCGCUGGGAGUUUGUAAACACCACUCUGAGUAAGGGAGGAGCGCUUUUUUCUGAAAAGGAAAGAACUUCACUACUAGGUUUUUCCUCCUGAUACCCAACAUUCGAGAAGAAACUGUCGUGUGGCCCCCUUAGCUGCGGCGUGCAAGGGCCACGGCUUUCUCCGCUCGCGUUAUUUUUAAAGGGCAGAAAUGCCUGAAGGUGAGGACUUUGGAUCAGGAAAAAGGGUGAUUAAUUCUGCCUUGCCAUCCCUGAAAUGUGAUGAAGGUCUCUGAGCUGUGAUUCAAGGAGAGCUGCAGCUGCUAUGUGCUGGGAAGUUAUCAAUUCCAAACCAGAUGAAAGACCCAGACUCAGCCACUGUAUUGCAGAAUCAUGGAUGAAUUUCAGCAUAUUUCUUCAAGAAAUGUCUCUUUUUAAACAGCAGAGCCCUGGCAAGUUUUGUCUCCUGGUCUGCAGUGUGUGCACAUUUUUUACGAUCUUGGGCAGUUAUAUUCCUGGGGUUAUACUCAGCUACCUGCUGUUGCUUUGUGCGUUUUUGUGUCCACUGUUUAAAUGUAAUGAUAUAGGACAAAAAAUAUACAGCAAAAUCAAGUCAGUUCUGCUGAAACUAGAUUUUGGAAUCGGAGAAUACAUUAAUCAGAAGAAACGUGAGAGAUCUGAAGCAGAUAAAGAAAAAAGUCACAAAGAUGACAGUGAAUUAGACUUUUCAGCCCUUUGUCCUAAGAUUAGCCUCACAGUUGCUGCCAAAGAGUUAUCUGUGUCUGACACAGACGUCUCAGAGGUAUCCUGGACGGAUAAUGGAACCUUCAAUCUCUCAGAAGGAUAUACUCCACAGACAGACACUUCUGAUGAUCUUGACCGACCUAGUGAAGAAGUUUUCUCUCGAGAUCUUUCAGAUUUUCCAUCUUUAGAAAAUGGUAUGGGAACAAAUGAUGAAGAUGAAUUAAGCCUUGGCUUACCCACUGAUCUCAAGAGAAAAAAGGAUCAGCUGGACAGUGGUCACAGAUCAAGCAAAGAGAAGCAGUCAGCAGCUGGUCUCACCCUUCCUCUGAACAGUGACCAAACCUUUCAGCUAAUGAGCAACCUGGCUGGGGAUGUCAUCACAGCUGCAGUGACUGCUGCUAUCAAAGACCAGCUAGAGGGCGCUCAGCAAGCCACUGCUCAGGCUGCAGCCAGCCUAGGAGAGGACACAGACACUGAAGAAGGUGAUGACUUUGAACUACUUGACCAGUCAGAGCUGGAUCAAAUUGAGAGUGAAUUGGGACUUACACAAGACCAGGAAGCAGAAGCACAGCAAAGUAAGAAGUCUUCAGGCUUCCUUUCAAAUCUACUUGGAGGCCAUUAAUCUGGGAAUCAGCUUGCAACAGAGCACAGAUUAAACCACCAAAAAAUUUCAAACAAGAAAGAAAAAAAAAAGAAAAAAAAGAAAAAAAAAUUGAACUGUAAGCUUUAAUUAUUACUUUAGGGGUUUUUUUUUGUUUGUUUUACUUUCCCUUCUGCAGUGAAAUUGGAUAUGUAUCAGUUAACACUGAUAGACUGAUAUUUCCCAUAGUUAUUUUUAUGUGAUAAGCAUGGAAAUGAACUUUACACACACACACACACACACACAUACACACACACAAAUACUGUGUGGUUAGAGAUGAGUACUAGGGGUUAUUUUUAAAACUAAAAGAAAAAACACAAAAUUAAGAUCCUCCUGUAAGUAUUUCUUUUUCUUUACAAUUAUUUUUUCAAGCAUGCAAAGUUUAUUGUAACUCAAUGAAAAAUACUAACAACUAAUUGUGAAUACAUGCUGUAUCAGCUCCCUUAUUCCUAAUACUUGGAAACAGAAAAAGAAAAACUGGUAGAGUUUGAUGUCUAAAAAGGCAGAAAUUAUCAAGAUAUCUUUAGCUGAAGGACUUGGGAAAUACUAUCAAAAUUGAUUUCUAAGAAAAUUUUAAAAAAUAUAUUUAAGUACUAUGGAUAGGUUCGAACAUUUCCAUGUUAUUUCUGCAGUUGUAGACUUAGGUUUACUCGUAAAGUGGCAUGCUCCCUUGACUGCCAUCUCUUAAGUCUUGCUGUGGGUGGUGUUAAUCUGUAGAAAGCAAGUAGUUACAUAUCACAUAGACUGUGGUUAUGAUGUAAACAGAGGUUCAGCUGUUUUGUUGAUUUGUCAUGUAUUUGUAACAGAGAGGUUGAGAGUGCAGAUCUAUUCUGCCUGCUCAGACUUAAGUUAAACCCUCACCUUUUAUAUCACGUCAUGUAAAAAGUCCCCUAAAAUUGUAAAACUAGUUCUUGGUAUGUUCUAUGAGUGAUGUGGUCAUCAGUAAUAAAGAAAUAAUAACUGUUUUCAUAGUCUUAUAGAUACAGGGGAGGAACUUGCUUGGCUUAAAGUAUAUUUAUUUGCCAUUGAAGUCUAAAUAUGCGAUGUUUCUUACUGGAAAGCUAGACUAUUUUUUUCUUUUAUUUUAAACUUUUAAAGAUUAUCUUUAAAUUACAAAAUUUGACUUAAGGUUUUUAACAAAGGACUAAAAAGCAGAAACCAAACUAGUUUUGUUUUUGUGAUAUAAAUUUUUAGUAGUGUUGAGGGACCAUGUCAGCAACUACCAAAAAGUCUCUUAAACCUUCAGGCAUAGCUGGCAUUUCUACAGAUGUGAUCAGACAUCUGAGACCCUCAGAAAGGAAGGAUAAUCUAAGAAUAUAGGAAAUCUGUGUACUACUCUUUUCAUUUUAUCCCUUUUCUUAGAUUUCUAAAGACUAAUUAUAGAAAACCUAAAAUCUUAAUGUUACAUCUUUUAUUUAUUUUUUCUUUCUGAGGUAUUAAAAUAGCUAAACUGAAUUUUGCCAAAUGAGAAAAGGAGAAAAGUUAUGGAAGACUUUGAACACUUGCUUUUUGUGACUGAGUAUGCUUACGUGUCAUUAGUGCCUCAUGACUGUGUUUGAUAUACUCUACUGAUACAAAGUGAGCCUGUGCCUUCAUUUUCUUGCCCAUUUCGGUACAAGUGGAAACUUGGUGUUAGAAAAAUUUCUGAACUGUGUGGGUUUUGGAGGACUAUAAUUGAAUUCUAUUCAGUGCAUUUCUGGACAUGAAGAAAAAUACAGUCACAUAUUUAUAAAACAGUUGUUACAAAGAUU